AUGGCGUCGUUUAGGGGAAACGAGGCACUUCCAGUCUGGAGCGCGGGGAACGACCGUCGCAAGCACGCGGCAGAGCGAGCCGUCCUCGUCACGCAGCGCCACCAUCGUCGCCUCUCGCCGCACGUCGCCGUCGUCGUCUUCACUCUCACUUCCCGUGCCGCGCUGCACUCCCCUUGCCGCGCGGCUUCGAGCCUGGCCCUUCUCGGGCUAUCCUGGCCGUCCAUCGCCGCGUCGCCCCGGCGCGUGCUGCUGCAGGCCGGUGGCGCGGCGGCAUCGGACGGCGCGGCGGCGUUCGGGAGCCGCGUGAUCUUCAACUCGAUGCAGAACGUGGGCGUGCAGGACGGCGGCGCCAUCUCGCUCACGCUCGACCGCACGGGAGGUGUGAAUAAAGGGGGCAGGGGAGCGGGGUUUGAGUGCAGCGACGCGUACAGCUUUGGCACGUUCAGUGUGGAGGCCAAGAUGCCUGCCGGCUACUCUGCUGGCGUCUGCGCUACCUACUUCCUGCAGUCAGGGUCAUACGAGCAGCGCAACGAGUGGGACUUUGAGUUCCUGGGCUCGCCCAAUAACUCGCUGGGCAUGACGCUGCAGACCAACGCCUUCAUGGCUGGUGUGGGCGGCCAGGAGGAGCUCUCCGCCUUUGGCUUCGACCCCGCUGCUGACUUCCACGCCUACUCCAUCCAGUGGGGACCCGACCAGACGGUGUGGCUGGUGGACGGGGAGGUGCGGCGGGUGAUGGGCAGCAGCAACCCGGCGUACCCGCGGGACCCCAUGCGCGUCUACUUCAGCAUCUGGGACGCCUCCACGUGGGCUACCGGGCCAAGGACGGCCCGCAUCCCCGUCGACUAUAGCUAUGCUCCGUUCGUGGUGACGUUCAGGAACUUCAAGUACACUGCCGCAUGA